CCGACGUUUCGCACUACCUCGGACGUUGUUAAAGUUUCAACUGUCAACAAAAGUCCUCUUUAUGUUCACACUUGCUCCAGCCAGCAUAUGUAAACUAGGUUUUUCUACAGUAAAUGUGAGUCAACUCGAAGGGUGAGAGGAAAGACAGAUAUGCUGAAUGUCGGAGGUAUAAGUAAAGCAGAGGACAGACAUGGAAACCUGCGUUGUGUCAGCGCUGGAAAGACCCGCGGCGGAGCUGACGGUCAUGGAUGUGUACGACAUAGCGGCGGUGGUCGGGCAGGAGUUUGAGCGGGUCAUCGACAGGUUUGGGUGCGAGUCUCUGGUCGGGGUGGUGCCCAAAGUGGUGCGGGUCCUGGAGCUGCUGGAGGCCCUGGUGAGCAGCGGAGCCGCAGGACAAGAGGCCGAGGAGCUGCGGAGGGAGCUGGAUAGGCUGCGGCAGGAGCGGAGCGACAGAUACGAUCAGGAGAGGAAGCACCAGCAGGAGUUGGAGCUGGUGGAUGAUGUGUGGCGAGGAGAAGUCCAGGACCUGCUCUCUCAAAUCACCCAGCUUCAGGCAGAGAACAAGAGGCUGUUAGUGAGUCUCUCUCUCAAAGAUUCUCCCAUCACAGAGGAGGACCUGCAGAAGCAGGAAGGAAUGUCAGAGAAGGAGAAGCAGGUGAUUAAUAAGCUGAAAGACUUGGUGGAUAAGCAGAGGGAUGAAAUCAGGGCUAAGGACCAUGAACUGACAGUAAAAAAUGAGGAUAUUGAGGCGCUCCAGAUGCAGCAGCAUCGGCUGAUAAGAAUCAACCAGGACCUCCGUCACAGAAUAGGAGUGAUGGAGACUCAGGGCAAGACCCUGAUCCAGCAGAGGGCUGAACUGGAAGCUGCAGCCCAGGCCCGACAGCAGGAGCUGGGGGCUCUGCAGCUGGAGGUCACGAAGCUGAGAAAGGAGCUCCGGGGCUGGGAACUGGACAGAGAGGUUGCUGAUAUAGAAGAAACCUUUCUCACCAGAUCAGGGAUGUCACCACCUACAUCACCACAGGUGACGUCCUCAGCAUCUCACUCCAUCAAACCUAAUUCUGUGUGGGUGGAGUGUGGAGGGGACCCUAGCUUCCUGGCGAACUGCUUUGAGCGUGACAAGAGUCCUUCCCUUCUCCCAAGGUCACCAAAGAGAGAAAAUAAUGAGGAAGAGGGUGACGAAGAUGAGGACACGGCAGCAUUGUUACAGAAGGUUCCAGCUGAUACAGAGCCGGGCGAGGAGACAGACAGCCAGGAGCAGGAGUCAGACAAACCUCGCUUCACCCUGCAGGAGCUGCGGGACGUCCUGCAGGAGAAGAAUGAACUUAAGGCCCAAGUGUUCAUGCUACAGGAAGAGCUGGCAUAUUACAAAAGUGACGAGUUUGGGGAUGACGUCAGCUCCAUUGUUUGUCCUCCAUCUCCUCCACCAUGCUCCAGCUCCACUGAUCAGGCCGAAUCAGGAAUUAGACGAUUGUUCUUCACUGCCAUAAUGCCGAUGGUGGCAGCCGGUUUGAUUGCAGACGACCCUACGUUGUUCCCAAUCAGAAGACUUUCCUUUGUAUGACCCUUAGUUUAAAUUGUAAGAUUCUCCGAACUGUGUCAACACCAGUUUGUUUCUCUCAUCACAGUUUCUCAAUAUAAAUAUUUAAUUGAUUUAACGGCUGCAUUACUUUGUUAUUAAACUAAAACCGCAUGGUGAUUAUACACUGAAACACAAACUGUGAUAAAUCAACGACUGUUACUGGUGUCAACUUUUACAAUACAUUUUGGUAGAAUUCAUCUAACUCGGUAAGAGCUUUUAAUGGGCCCAGGUAGUUCAAAUUUCAGACAACUGGCCAUCUGGGCACUCUUAUGUGUAUUUAUGACCUCUCAGUGGCGUCAUACAUGUCAUUGCGUCACUUUAUAUAUUACAAAAAGUUCUUUGGUGCUUGAUAAUAAUAAUAAUAUGCUGUAUUAGGGCCGGGUGAUUGAGAAAAUCAAAUAUUAGAAUAUAUUUGACCAAAUAUCUCAAUAACAAUAUUUUGAUGAUAUUGUAGGGUUGACUAUUGGUGCUUUCACAAAAUAUUUACAGAAGAGAUUUUUGAUAAAUUAUCAUCAGUAAUGCGGAUAUAAUAACUAAGUGGAUAAAGGCAAAUAAUGCUAGAACAAUCUGGUAAUUUCAGAAAAUUACAUCACUUUACCUUAAUGCAGUCUUGUAGAGUAAAAUACAACACUUAAGGCAUAUUAUGACAUUCAAAGUUCAAAAGACGAUAUCUCAUAUCAUAUCACAAUAUCAACAGAAUAUUGAUAAAUUGCCCAGCUCUAUGCUGCAAUGUUUCUAAUUACCUUGCUUUACCCAAAUUAAAAAAUGGUGUCACUGCAUUUCCCUGGGGUAUGAAUUGAGUUCUCACAAACACUUUCAAGAUCCUUAGCAGUCUUUGAAUAAUGACGGUGUGUGGGGAACAGGUUCAACUGCUACAACACCCAUAAAUGGGCCAUCUUGUGUAAUUUAUAUUAAAAUGAUGUUAAAGGGGACAUAUUAAGAUCAUUUACAGGUUCAUUGUUGUACUUAAGGUUUCUGCUAGAACAUGUUUACAUGCUUUAAUAUUGAAAAACACUUUAUUCUCUCUCAUUCUGCCCAUGGCUGCUUAACUCUGCACUGCUGCGGCACUUUCUGUCAUGAAAAAUCAUCAAUAAAAGCUUCUAAACCAAAAACUACAUAUCUGAACCUGUUCCAGCAGGAAUGUGAAACUUAACUAAGGAAGAAAUGAACAAAAUUUAAUGUGAACAUCCGACAUUGUAAAAUUAUAUGACAGAACAUAAGAAAAAACAUAUUAGUUCUCCUUUAAGAUACAUUUGUCUAUAUAAUAAAAUGUUGUUUGAGUGUGGUUGCAGGGUGCAGCAAAACAGCUGGAUGUGCCUCUGUUUUCGACUACACCUUUUCCAACAAUAUUGAGUACUGUAAAAACAUGCCCUAACAACCAUUAUGUGCUGGGUUGCAUUUGUAAUGUAAUUCUUGUUCAGAAUAAACUAAUAAAGUUUUAUUUUUUAUUUUU